AUGCUCAGCAGGUUAGAGCAAGACUCUUUGAUGAUGGACAACGCAGGAGGAGCCGAGGGGACCGGGGUUGGCGAAGAUGGGAUGCUGUUGUUCCCCACGCACUUUUGGGCUCCAGGCCGCAGACCGUGCCGUGCCUUGGAGCAGCGAGAGUCCCAAGAGGCGUUGGUGGACGUGUGGGACGUCAGGGAAUGCUCCAAGCUGCAGUGCGGGUUGCAGGGCCAGACAAGACCAGAGACAAGAACGGGACAGGGUCUGGUACGACAAACUGGUGGCGCAAGUUUCGAGGGCUUGUCUCAGUGCCGCUAG